AUGAAGAACCAAGGCGGGGAGCCCAAGGCGGCCCCGCGCGGCGCGGGCUCGGCCCCGAUGAGCAGCGGCAGCAGCCCGGGGCUGGAGGAGGGCGACUCGUCCGAGGCCACGGCAGCGCUCGCAGCUCCUCUCCCCCAGGAGGACGGCAAGUCCUCCCGGCCGGCCGUGCGUGACGUCUCGGAGGAGCUCAGCAGGCAGCUCGAGGACAUCUUGAACACGUACUGCGUGGACAGCAGCCAGGAGGGGCCGGGCGAGGACGGCGGGCAGAGCGAGCCCGCCGAGCCCGAGGAGGCGGAGAAGAGUCGCAGCGAGUCGCCCCGCAACGGCGAGCCGGACGCGGGCGGCCCCGAGAUGAACGGGGAGAAGGAGAGCUCCAAAGGGACCGAGGAGUACGGGGAGCGGGAUCAGAAGAGAGCCCAGGAGAAGAGGAAAGCCAAGGGCCUUGGCAAAGAAAUCACUUUGCUGAUGCAGACGCUGAACACCCUGAGCACGCCAGAGGAGAAGCUGGCGGCGCUGUGCAAGAAAUACGCUGAGCUGCUGGAAGAGCACCGGAACUCCCAGAAACAGAUGAAGAUCCUGCAGAAGAAGCAGACGCAGCUGGUGCAGGAGAAGGACCACCUGCAGAGCGAGCACAGCAAGGCCAUCCUGGCGCGCAGCAAGCUGGAGAGCCUGUGCCGGGAGCUCCAGAGACACAACCGCACCCUCAAGGAAGAAGGUGUCCAGCGCGCGCGGGAGGAAGAGGAGAAGCGGAAGGAGGUGACAUCCCACUUCCAGGUGACCCUCAAUGACAUCCAGCUCCAGAUGGAGCAGCACAACGAGAGGAACUCCAAGCUGCGCCAGGAGAACAUGGAGCUGGCGGAGCGGCUCAAGAAGCUCAUUGAGCAGUACGAGCUGCGUGAGGAGCACAUCGACAAGGUGUUCAAACACAAGGACCUGCAGCAGCAGCUGGUGGACGCCAAGCUCCAGCAAGCCCAGGAAAUGCUGAAGGAGGCAGAAGAGAGGCACCAGCGGGAGAAGGACUUUCUGCUGAAGGAAGCCGUGGAGUCGCAGAGGAUGUGUGAGCUGAUGAAGCAGCAGGAGACCCACCUCAAGCAGCAGCUGGCGCUCUACACGGAGAAGUUUGAAGAGUUCCAGAACACCCUUUCCAAGAGCAGCGAAGUGUUCACGACGUUCAAACAGGAGAUGGAGAAGAUGACUAAGAAAAUCAAGAAGUUGGAGAAAGAGACCACCAUGUACCGCUCUCGUUGGGAGAGCAGCAACAAGGCUCUCUUGGAGAUGGCUGAAGAGAAAACCCUUCGGGAUAAGGAAUUAGAGGGACUUCAGGUGAAAAUCCAGCGCCUGGAGAAGCUGUGCCGAGCCCUCCAGAGCGAGCGCAACGACCUCAACAAGAAGGUGCAGGACCUGUGCGCCCACGCGCCGCGGGCGGACGCGGAGCUCUCGGAAGCCUCCAAGGACCCAUCCCGGGACAGCUCGGAGGCGGCGGCGGAGCAGCGCCCGGCGCAUGACUGCCCGCACUCGGGAAAGCCGGCGCGGAGCACGGAGCCCACGGAGAGCCCGGGAGAACUGAGCCCAGGAGCCCUGGGGCAGAGGGGCCCCGAGGAGCGCGCCCAGGGCGCGGACUGA